AUGUACCUUUUACUCUACGCCCUAACUGGUGGAGUUUUAUGCAUAAAUUUUGGUAAAAAUGGAGAUUUAACGCAGAGUUUGCACUUGUCAGACAAGAGUGGGCCCCUUUAUCGCAGCUCGUUGGACGAAUGCGGAGAUUCCACAACCAAGGGUGGAUAUCCUCCAAAUUUUCGGGCAAAAAGUUACAAAACAAAGUAUAACUGUCUAAAAAAUCAAAGGAAGAAUGCGUACAUACGUGCACCUGAACGAGUUUUACUCUUUGAUGCCACCGGAUUAGCCUACCGCUGCUUCUUUGCACUUCCUGAGCUAAAAACACAUAGAGGCACGGAUAUCGCAUGUCUAAUGGGCUUUAUGAACACACUGUCACGUUUACACCGCCUCUAUCAUCCAAAGUAUUUGGGAAUCGUAUUUGAUUCUCCAGGAGCAAAUAACCCCAAAAGGGAAAUAUGGCCGGAAUAUAAAAAAAACAGGCAGAUUAUAUCGGAUUCUUUCAAGACUCAGUUGACUUGGAUCCGUGAAUUCUGUGCAAUUCUUGGACUUCCAGUCUUUAUCCAAAAGUUCACAGAAGCUGAUGACAUUAUUACUAGCAUCAUUGGUUUCUUGAGGGGUGAAAAUUCUGGAGAGGAUGAAGAAGCUUACCGACCAAUUGUAAUGGAUGGGAAAGGAAUUGUGCCAGGAAAAGCCAAGGUUAGGGGUAUAUUUGACAAGUUUGAGCAAGAGCUGAGAAAACAGGCUCCACCUGUAAAGAUUUCCAGCGGAAAUGAACCAGCAGAGAACAAGAAGAAUAUGCUCAACGAAAAUGGGUACGAUGUUACGGUUGUAACUGCCGAUAAGGAUCUGCUUCAAAUACUCUCGAAUAAUGGGACUGGCAACGUAAAUGUGAAAAUUGUACAACCGCAUAAAUCCUAUAGGGUUGUAACGGAGAAUACCGUAAGAACAGAGUAUGGAAUUGAACCGGAGAGGUUUAGCGAAUACUUGGCCCUAGUAGGUGAUGCAUCUGACAAUAUUCCGGGUGUUAUGGGUGUAGGUCCUAAAACUGCACCGAAACUAAUCGCAAAAUAUAAUACAUUCGAGGAAAUCAUAUCAUCUCCAGAGAUUAAAAAACUGGGUGAAAAGGGUGGUAAAUAUUCAGAGAGUAUAAGAAUGGCCUACGAUUUCCACAAUAUAGUGAGACUUAAACGAAACUUGCAUAUUUUGGAUUCUACCAAUGAGUUGAUAAAGGAAAAGACAUUAUCUUGUCAGUUUUACAGUUUUCUCAGAAUCUUUUCCCUACAAAAGGCGGCGUGCAAGUGGACAAAUAUCACAGGAAUAUGA